AUGAUGUUGAUUCGUCAUCUAAACCUAAACCAAGCUGACAGACAGGGGAAUGCCACUGACAGACAGGGAAAUGCCACUGACAGACAGGGAAAUGCCACUGACAGACAGGGAAAUGUCACUGACAGACAGGGAAAUGCCACUGACAGACAAGGAAAUGCCACUGAAAGACAGGGAAAUGCCACUGACAGACAGGGAAAUGCCACUGACAGACAGGGAAAUGCCACCGACAGGGAAAUGCCACUGACAGACAGGGAAAUGCCACCGACAGGGAAAUGCCACUGA